AAUUUAUUUACGAAAAAAAAUUAUGAAAUUUUAAAUGUACCAAAAAACCAAACAAAAUUAUGUAUUUAUCAAGUUAUUAUCAUUAUUAUUUUUGAUAAUAUUAUGGAAACAUUGAGUUUAGAAUUAGAUUAUUCUUCACCAACCACAACAUCAACAACAACAACAACAACAAAAACAAUUAAAAAUAUGACGAAACAUUCAAAUGGAUCAAUAGCUAUCAUCGAAACAUUUGAAUCAAAUCAAGAUGAAAAAUUGGAUGGUCAUCCAAAAUAUCAUCAUGAAACAACUAAAACAAUUAUUAAAAAUAAUACAACUAGUCAAUUAAUAAUCAAUGAUGAUAAUAAAAAUGAUAACGAUAAUAAUGAUGACAAUAAUGAUUAUGAAGAUGUUAAUGUUGUUGUUGUCGAUAAUACGAAAUCGGCCACUAUCAACAAUAAACAUCAACAGGACAACGACACGAUUUCAAUUUUGGCCACAAUUAAUAAUAAUACCUUGAUGUCGCCAUCAAUGACAACAUCGACAAAUAUACGUAAAAAAGAAAAUACGAAUAAAAAUUUUACAAUCAUGAUUGAUGAUCUAUUUAUUCGUAAAUUAUUACAUCAAAUUUGUCCGCAAAUAUUUGAUGAAAACUGGCUUGAGCGAUUCACACAGCAAUAUUUACAAUCCUUUCAUGAGAAAAAAUGUACAUUGCGUGUUCGAGAAAUUCUCGAUCUAACAUUGUCAUCUAAUUCAAUGACUGCUGUAGAUGAAAUAUUUGUCUAUUGGCCAAUUCACCAUCAAUCUACCAAUAAUAUUGAUGAUGAAAAUGAUAACGACCAAGAAAUUUAUAUUGAUUCAUCAUCAACAUGGCUACAAUAUCGAGAUGCGAUGACCUAUUUAUAUAAUUUCUGUGAACUAUUAAUGUCAAUCGAAGCUAAAUUCGUACAUGCUAAACAAAAAGAUAUGUGCCAACAAUUGGCAAGAGAAAUACGUUCUUAUCUUUAUUGGAUUACCAAUGAUGACCGAUUUAAAGUUUGUGGCAGCAAUGAUAAUGAAGAAGAAUCACCGCCUCUUUUUCAAUCAUCACCAGUUGAUUUGAUCGGCGGCAACAUUGACAACCAUCCCAAACCACAACGAAAACAAGAAGAAAUGUCUUCCAAUGUCAUUAGCCAUAAUUAUAAUGAUAGUUAUAAUAAUUGUCAACAACAGCACAAAUUAUUCCAUUCAAUUUUGCAACAUUUGUUGAGGAUUUUGUAUGAAAUUCUAAUGAAAUUAAAUCAAUCCGAUGAUCAUGUUAAUAGCAUUAGCAAUCAAAACAAUGAUAUGGUCGUAAAUAAUAGUUUGAAAUUUUUUCAAAUAUUCAAUAAACUUUUCGAACGAUUUGAAUCAUCAUCAACCGAUCAUACAUCAUUGUAUAAUCAAUGGAUGAGACAAUUGAAUUCAUUAUUGAUGAUGCUGAUGAAAUAUGCAAUGUUCUAA